AUGGCUCGAGCGACUUUGCUACUGCUUUCGGCAGCCGUGCUUUCGUCGGCUGCAUGCAGUUCGAUCAAUACUGGCGCCAGUCUACUGACAGAUCUAAACAAUGUCCGCGACCAUGAUGUUGCGCACGGACUGGGCCCGAUAUCGCUACAAAGGCGGCAGUAUGAUGGAAGACCGAGCAUGCUGUCAGAACGAGCAGCGGCACUGGAUGCCUUGACAGAUGAGGAGGAUGACGGGGAUUCUGAAGCAUUCCUGGAAGCCGAACUUGCUAGUCCACAGCCCGAGCGAGUCGAUGACGACGAGGCUGGCGAGGCUGAAGGAGAGGAUGACGAAGGCACAGAGGAAUCCGGGCUAACGAAGCGUGCGAAGCACCAUCAUCACCAUCACCAUCAUCACCGUCAUCACCAUCAUCACCGUAAGCACAGGCACCAAAAACAUCACCAUAAACAUCACCACAAGUCGAAACACCACUCUGCCAAGCCGAAAAAGGUCGCGCAUAAGAAGCAUGCAAGCCACCAAAGUUCGGCGGGCACGACCUUCUUGUCUGGUGCCGGGAGCAAGGCCGUCUCGUCAGGAGGAUCGGGGACCACUUAUUCUGGACAGCUGACAUUCUAUUCUUGCGGUCUGAACGCGUGCGGCACCGUCAACAAGGACUCUGACAUGAUUGCCGCUGCCUCCUACAAGCUCUUCGACAGCUUCCCCAAUGGCGGCAACCCGAACAACAGUCCGCUUUGCAAUCGAAAAGGCAAGCUGCUUCCACAAGUCUCUUGGGGAGGCAAGAGCAUCGUCGUGAGUAUUGUCGAUCGUUGCGCGGGCUGCGAGAUCGCUGGCAGUCUCGAUCUGUCGCCGGCCGCUUUCCAGAAACUCAGUCCGUUGGGCGCUGGCCGUCUGUCGGGCAUGACUGUAAUGGCAAUUCAUCUCGUAGGCCGUGGCAUGGCCUUCGGUCAACUGCAGGCAUAUCAUGCAAUUGCCCUUGCACACCUUGAACGACUUUUGCACAUUGUACACACUGCAUGCUCGCAUCGACGCUCCACGCUGCAGAGGAUGAUACACCGAGCGACGUCAAGCGUACAAGACACGCUCGCUGCCGGUCUGUCCUCAUCAGCUGCCGUCGGGGCUUCAAUUGCACCUCAAGGCCUUUCUAAAGCGACAAUGGCGAAUCAGGCUCCCGUAGCGAGCUCUUCCUCUGCGAACCAGCCACCGAAGACAUCCAAGCACAGCUUCCCAGUCCUCGGCAAUGACUUUUGGGUCGAGAGAGAGUACGAGUUCGUCAAGGAAUUGGGUCAAGGCGCCUAUGGCAUCGUCUGCGCAGCAAAGAACAGCCGCACAGGAGAGGCUGUUGCUAUCAAGAAGAUAACCAAAGUCUUCACCAAAAAGAUUCUCACCAAGAGAGCGCUGCGAGAGCUCAAGCUACUGCGCUUUUUCUGCGGUCACAAGAACAUCACCUGUCUGUAUGACAUGGAUAUCAUCGAUCCUCACGACUUUCAGGAAGUGUACGAGGAGCUCAUGGAAGCUGAUCUGCACGCGAUCAUUCGGUCGGGUCAGCCUCUGUCAGACGCGCACUUUCAGUCAUUCAUCUAUCAGACGCUUUGUGGACUUCGUUACAUACACUCUGCUAAUGUUCUCCAUCGAGAUCUCAAGCCAGCAGGCAACUUGCUGGUCAAUGCCGACUGUGAGCUCAAGAUCUGUGAUUUCGGACUAGCGAGAGGAUUCGAUCUCGAUAACAAGGGCAACGAUCCGAACGGCGGAGGACUCAUGACGGAAUACGUUGCUACUAGAUGGUAUCGUGCUCCGGAGAUCAUGCUGUCCUUUCAAAAUUACACGACCGCCAUCGACAUGUGGUCCGUCGGCUGCAUCCUCGCAGAGCUCUUGGGGGGACGACCCAUCUUCAAAGGGAAAGACUACGUGGAUCAAUUGAACCAGAUCAUUCAUUACCUCGGUACUCCCAGCGAUCAGACCCUGCGACGCGUGGGCAGCCCGAGAGCGCAGGAGUACAUCCGCAGUCUGCCCUACAAAGCGGGCAUUCCGUUCAAUCUGCUCUACCCGCAUGCGAAUCCUCAGGCGCUCGACCUGCUCGCCCGAUUGCUCGCAUUCGAUCCUGCCGAGCGUAUCACAUGCCAGGACGCUCUGCGACAUCCCUACCUGAGCGUAUGGUAUGAUCCAGCGGACAUCUUGACGACGACCACGACGUUCGACUUCGCUUUCGAAAAUGAAGACACGAUCGAAGGCAUGAAGGUGCUCAUUGCCGAGGAAGUACGCGAGUUCCGUGCGUUCGUCAGAGAACCAAUACAAGAACCUGUCCGCCCAGCAAAGCGCCAAGAAUCGCUACCGAUACCCUCACGCGAAGAGAUCAUCAACUCUCCGCCCUCCUCGGCGCUGGAUGGCGAGGGUACCUCGAUGGCAGCAGGAGGACGCAUGAUCGCCGAAUUCGCCGAGUCGCCAAAGGACGAGCAUCCCUGGGACGGGCUUCAACAGGAUCUCGCUCGCACUUCGCUCUAG